AUGUAUGGACCUCAGCGCAUACACUGCCUUCGAGGCUUGACAUCCAUUCGGAGAUUUGCGUCUGAAGGGCAACAAGAUCUCCAGCUCGCAAGGGAUUGGCUCAAGGCCCUUAAUUCCAAGACCAUUCCCCGUAAUAUUUGCGAGGUUUCCUUCAGUCGGUCUAGUGGCCCCGGUGGGCAAAAUGUGAACAAGGUUAACUCCAAGGCCACCUUGAAAGUCCCAUUGGAGUCAUUGUUACCGUUGGUGCCCCGUUUGAUACACCAAUCACUCCGCACAUCCCGAUAUGCCGCCGAAAGAGCCCAGUGUUUAGUCAUCCAGUCCGACGAAGAGCGGAAACAGUCUAAUAAUGUGGAAUCCUGCUUUGACAAGCUCUACCAGCUGUUGCAGAGCUCGGCCAAGGAGGUGAUUCCCGGGGAAACGUCACAAGCACAAAGAACACGCGUGCAGAAACUACAACGCGCUCAGAAUGAGAGCCGGAUUAAAGAUAAGAAACAGCACAGCGACAAGAAAAGCAGUCGCCGAGGAAGCAAAUACGAUGAUUGA